AUGAAACUUUUUCUGAUCGGCUGUGAAUACAGCGGCACAACCACACUAGCUCACGCAAUCAAUGAAUGGACCAAAGAGACGAUGGACAAGGAGUUUACUCUUAUCCAUGACCACUUCAAGCUGCCGGAUACCAAGCCUCAUGGACCAGAGCUCACUGAGGAAGAAGUUGCACAGUUUUCCGCGCUUAGUCCGCGAUUGACAGAGGUUAUACAACGACAUAACCUUUACUAUCACACACCUUCUCAGCCUUCGUCGGGAGAAGACUUUCUCGGAAUCGGUAUCCAUAUCGAAGACGGAAUAUACGGACCCCUAUACCACGGUUACGGCGGACCGGGCGAGCUGGGCGACCGGCAAACGAUAGCAAAAAGCCUUGAGCAGCGUAUCCUCAAGUUUGCGCCUGAAACCGUGCUUAUCCUAGUGAAGGCUUCCCCCGCGGUUAUUGCCAAGCGAAUGAAAGAAAAUCCUCAUAAAUACCCCGUUGUGCCUGAACAGGAUAUCCCAGAGUGCUGCAAAAAUUCGAGGAGGCGUACCAAAAUUCGUCAAUUAGAUCCAAGAUAA